AUGGAAACAAAGCAAGUAGACGAUAAGGAGGUGGUACGAGUGAUCACAACCGUCCAAAACAACUCAUCAGAACUGCUCCCUCUUGAUUUGACAAUCGAGAUACUCAAAAGACUGCCACCUAAAAAAAUCCUCGCACUGAGAUGUGUAUCGAAGCAAUGGUGUUCAAUCAUAAACAGCCGACCAUUCACCAACACAUUCAUGUCGAUGUCUAUGUCCCGACCUCGUCUCCUUUUCGCUUUCAAUAUCGCUCAUGAUGGCGACAAAACAAGUGUGGUAUUUUAUUCUUCACCUCAUCCUCCUCAAGUAUCAAAAGAUUCUCCUUCAUCAUCAUUAAUGGUAGCCAAAAAAGAGAUGGUGUUGACCAAGGGCAUAUAUCUUUAUAGUUUCAACCGUAUAACAAACGUGCAUGGCUUAGUCUCUUAUGGUUCAACGCUUCAUGAGUUCUUUAUUUGUAACCCAACCACUGGGCAAGUCGUAAAGUUUCCCAAAGACCAAACAUUCACUCCUGAAGAGGAGCUUCACAGUCACAUGUAUUUGGCAUAUGACACAACCGAUGGACUUUAUAAAGUAUUGUUGGCGCCUUGGGAUGAUUCAACUCGUCAACAUCAAGUUCUAACGCUGGGAGAGAGAAAAUGGCGCUGCGUCGAGGGAAGUUGUAACACUACUAGUUGCCAACCGAAUCUAAUCAAGCAAAGAGGAAUAUGCAUUAACGGGGUUUUGUAUUAUGGAGCUUCGACAGAAGAAUGGGAAGUCUCUAUGAUAGUGAGUUUUGAUGUUAGGUCUGAGCAACUAUCUUACAUUCAAGCUCCUAUAACCAUACACUUAGACUCUUAUAAUAAGGACUCUCUACAAAAUUAUCUUGGUAAGUUAGCGGUUUUUAGUUUCACUAAAGAAGGACUCCAUAUAUGGGUUUUAGAGAAUGUCAAGAAGCAUGAAUGGUCGUUUAAGACUUAUGUUUCUCAUUUGUUCGGUAAAAUCACGACUAAACCGGUCACAAUGAGGUUCGUUGGCACCACCAAUGAUGGGGAGAUCGUUAUUGCACCCAUCAUGUUGUCCAAAGAUGAAGCUUUUGUCGUUAUCUUUUACAAUUUGGAAAAAGAGACUAAGACAAGUGUUGGAUUUGUAGGAUUUGAGGGGUUUGAAGGACUAGCAAGUUAUGAUAGGUUAACGAUUCGUAGAAUCCUUAUCUCACCUCAGCAUGUUGAGAAUCUUAUAUCAUUUUAG